AGAGCGCUCGCCAGUGUCUCGGUCUUGGCGAGUUACUCGGGGGGGCUCAGGCCGAGUCUACCGAGAUUGUGUCUACCGGCGCGGGUAACCCGAAAGCGAGUGUGGCGAGGAUUAAAGUCGCGGGCCGUUUCCCAGCAUGCGAGACCGUCUCGCUGCUGUCUAAAGGCCGUACAAGAACGAACGUAGAACGGCGCGCCAACGAUAAGAAAAGUUUUACGGCCGCGGAUCUAGAAGAGGAAACCGCCGACGACGACGACGACGACGACGACAAGGACAACGACGACUACGACGACUACGACGACGACGACGACGACGAGAGAGAGAUAAGACAGGAGACGAAGCAGCAGGAACGGCAGAAGAAAAAAGAAAAAGAGGCGUCGAAGAAGAAGAAGCAGGCGGAGGAGGAGGAGGAUCGUCGCCGCGCGACAGCAUAGCAAGAGCAGGAGCAAGCCGACGAGACCGGGCGCCGCGCCGCGCCGCGCGCUCUCGCACGUUGCCGUGCCGCGCUUUACUAUAUCGCGCCACACGCGCGUCGUGAUCCGCGUACGCGCGCGUGAAACAUACACGCGCACGAUAUUACAUAUUUAUAUGCAUACACGGUGACCCGCGCGCGGAGAUAAUACAGUGUAAAUGGCGCUCUCGGCGCAGAACCAGUCGACGUCGUACGUGAACUUGUAUUACUCGAUCGUCCAACGUGCGGCGACGCGCUACUUUAAGGAAUAUUACAACUCCGAUACUGGCGCGCCCUACGUAUUGUACAAAGAUAACAUGGAGAGACCCCAGGGUCAGUGGGGCCCGGGGCCGGGAUCUCUCCAGGACGGUGGACUUCCUCACGCAGAGGUGGAUCGCAGCGACUGCUUUCCCGGCGCCGGAGAGCUGCAGCAAUAUCCGCAGCAUUAUUUUAAAGAAGCCCGGCCGCACCCCUCACCGUCCGUGCCACCGCAUAUGCUUACGCCCGGCGGCUUCUCCGCGCUGCACUAUCUCAAGCAACCCGGAGUAAUGCUGACGUCUCUCGGCCAAGGCGACGGCGGGCCUGGUCUGGACGCGCAUCAGUACGCGAGUCCGGGCGCGCCGAACAUGGCGACCGGGCUGCCUGACAUCGUACAGCAGAGCGGUAAAUCCUCCAAGGCCGGUAACAGCGAUCUACGUCUGUUCAAGUGCUUGACCUGCGGCAAAGACUUUAAGCAGAAAUCGACUCUGCUGCAGCACGAGCGGAUCCACACAGACAGCCGGCCGUACGGAUGUCCGGAGUGCGGCAAGCGGUUCCGUCAGCAAUCCCAUCUCACGCAGCAUCUGCGCAUACAUGCUAACGAGAAGCCGUACGCUUGCGUAUACUGCGAGCGUACGUUCCGGCAGCGUGCCAUCCUCAACCAGCAUCUGCGCAUCCACUCGGGUGAGAAGCCAUACCAAUGUCCGGAGUGCGGAAAACACUUCCGUCAGAAGGCGAUCCUGAAUCAGCACGUCCGCACACACCAAGACGUGAGUCCACACCUCAUCUUCAAGAACGGAAUGACGCCGACUCUCUGGCCGCAGGACGUUCCCUUUCCGCCUGAAGAGGGUAAGGAAGAAGUGGCAUCGACGUUCGGCGACACGGACACGCAGUCGGGCGCGUUCAGUCCGGCGCCGGACGCCAAUUCCAUCCAGUACCCAGCAUACUUCAAAGAUCCAAAGGGCGGUAAUCACGCGGUAUUUGGCGCAGGUGGCUCGGGCAGCUUUGGUGCCUUGCAGUACAUCAAGCAGGGUGGCACGAAAAGCUGUCUACCCGACGUGAUACAGCAUGGCCGCUCGGCCGGCAUGCCGUUGUACGUGCGUUGUCCGAUUUGUCAAAAAGAGUUCAAGCAAAAGUCCACGUUACUGCAACACGGGUGUAUACACAUCGAGUCGCGGCCGUAUCCUUGUCCGGAAUGCGGCAAGCGAUUCCGGCAACAGUCCCAUCUCACGCAGCAUCUGCGCAUUCACACGAACGAGAAGCCGUACGGCUGUGUGUAUUGUGGACGUAAUUUCCGCCAACGCACGAUUCUCAAUCAGCAUCUGCGUAUCCAUACCGGUGAGAAACCGUACAAGUGCCAGCAGUGUGGCAAGGACUUCCGUCAAAAAGCGAUCCUGGACCAGCAUACGCGCACUCACCAGGGCGAUCGGCCAUUCUGUUGUCCGAUGCCGAACUGCAGGCGGCGGUUCGCCACCGAGCCCGAGGUGAAGAAACACAUCGACAACCACAUGAAUCCGCAUGCGGCGAAAGUGCGCCGGAAUUCGAGCGGUGACACGAAACCGCCUGGCACGCCAGCGGGCUUGGGUCCGGUACCCGUGCCUCGCGGCCUCACGCCGACGGUCGUCAAGCCGGAGCUUUACUUCCCGCAGUGUUACGCGCCCGCGUUCAAUCAUCAGCCGCCAGUCUCCACCGCGCAGUUCCCCGGCGCCCAGGCGAACGGCGUCUCCGUGACCGGCGAAUUCAAGCCACCGACCGGUCUGCCGCCACAGUGACUAACCGUCCAUCCUGCCGCCUACUAGCAAGCAGGAAUCCCCGCGCUGAGGUUUCAGCGCUGUUUCGGUCCCGCCGCGUUGGAGGCCGACGCAACGUCAAACGCCAUCGCCGCCGCCGCCGCCGCCGCCUCUCGAUGCGGCCAGCAGCCGAUCCAGCAACACUACCCGUGACAUUUAUCAUUGUGCAUUUACUAGAGUCUUCUUUAUUUUCGUCGUUUCACAACUCGCUCGCUCUUCUUGUUCCAUCGCUGCUCAGCAGAACCUCAGAACACGUCGCCCAGCUAGUCUUGAGCUCGACGGUGAGAACGGUUUCGUCGUGCAGACCGCAUUACGCGAUUAUCCGAGAAACAUUGCGAAAAUGUGUAUUAUCCGGUCGCUACGUCUCUGGUUGAUUGUCGGAUAAAAUUAUCUCCGAGAGAAAACCGCUUUUCUGUCUGAAUCGUAGCGCACCGGCUAUGAUAUAAACAGAGAGAGGAGAGAUAUAAAUUUCGGGGAUAUAAAUUCGGAUACUCUUGUUUGAAACGUCUUGGAUUUUUGCGUUGUUUGAAAAGCAAGGAAGAUACGCGGACUGGGUCACUCCCCUGUGACAUUCAUCGAAUAUGCCGUUAUACGUAUAUCGCGAAAAGACGACAAUCCUAGUUAGGAUUAUCGCUAUCGUUACACGGUCGCAACCGUAAGUAACAAACGAUAAUGCGAUUAUAGUUGCUCAGGUAUCAAACGGUGUCUCGCGACACUCAUAGUAAGUUCGUGAUAUACAUUUUCUUCUUUAUGUACGUGAUCGCGAUCAAAUGUUUGUUACUUCCUCGCGAUCGUCCGUUAUUUUCGACUUUUCAGCAGCACAUCAGAUUAGAUCGACCCCUUUAGGGAUCCCAAGAUUAAUUCUUCGUUAUUGUUGGCGCACACCGAUGACACAGUCUAGUUAAUCCGCCAGCACACACGCAAAUACCACUUCUCGCUGCGAUCCGCAUCUCCAAGUCGUCGAAUUCGCACGAAGGACAAACAACGUAAGGGGGACACAGAAAAGCUCGGAAAAGCGGCCGCCGCUCACCGUCGAGUUUCUUACUAGACAGACCAAGGUAAAGUAAUCAACGAAGAGUCUCGUCUAUUCCUCCGUACGUAUUUUUUAUAAUUAAUCGAUUACGACGUACCUUCUCGCGUUUCUUUCGUGGACAAGCGAGUAGCACGAGAGUUCGGGGCUUACUCCGCGAGGCAUAGGUGAAUUCAGAGAGAUUGACAAGAGAGUUCCCGCGAAUCCCUCUGAAUCCAUCUAUCUUCUUCUCGCGAGAUGGUGCAUGCGCCGCCCGGGGCGUCACCGCUCACCGUUCAAAAUGCCACGUAUCGCCAAACGGGUUGAAGAUGUUCGAUUUCGACCAGACUAAAACGAUUGUGAUACAAUAUUUAACUUGCCUAUGUUUUAAAAGUUUCGCGGGAGAGAAAGAGAACGAAAGGAAGAAUGAGUGAGCGAGUGAGUGAGUGAGAACGAUAUGUA